AUGGCCGUAGAACCUCGUCACUUUGGAUUCCAGCAAGCCGAAGCAACCGGGCAUACAGAGUUAGAUGUGUGGCUCAAGGAGCGUGCUGACCUGUUGCCACUAAUUCGUCAUCACCUCGAGCGAGCUCAACGGCGCAUGAAGGCGCAAGCAGACAAGAAGCGGCUAGAAAGAUCAUUCCAAGUGGGCGAAUGGGUGUACCUGAACAAGGUCGGCAACGUCUCUUACAAGCUGAAGCUGCCCGAGUCUUCCCGCAUCCAUCCCGUCAUCCAUCCGCUAUCUGUCACCGAUGAGCGCAUCAUUAGAAGGGGGAGCAAGCAAGUACCCCAGGUACGUAUCCAGUGGUCAGGGUUACCGCCAGAGUGCCAAUCCUGGGAGCCCGUGUUCGCGAUCGUCAAUGCUUUCCCGCAAGCACUAGCUUGGGGGCAAGCUGGUUCUCCAGGGAGGGGUAUUGUCACGACCCAGUACCUCUCUGAAGCUGUCAAGAUAUCAAAGCUUGCAGAGGAUUUUGAAUCAGAUCCCGAAAUGAUGGAGCAAGCAGAGCGUAUUAUAAUAAAAUGUGGUCAUCUUCCCCUUGCCAUUGUCACUAUAUGUGGCUUCCUGGCCAGCAGGCCUGCAAGUACAAUGGAGUGGAGAAAGUUGAAUGAGCAUAUUGGUGUGGAGUUAGAGAUCAAUUCCAGUCUUGAGAGAAUUAACAAAAUGGUUAUCUCCAGCUACAAUGGUUUACCCUUUCACCUCAAGGCAUGCUUUCUAUAUUUGUCUAUAUUCCCUGAGGGCCACAACCUUCGUCGAAGGCGCUUAGUGCGGAGGUGGAUUGCAGAGGGUUACUCAAGUAAAAUGCUCAGCUUGGCAGCAGAAGAAGUUGGGGAAAAACACUUCAGAGAUCUUCUCAAUCGUAGUAUGAUUCAAACAUCAAAAGAGACUGCCAGUAACGGUGAGAAAGUUAACCUCUACCAAGUCAAUAAUCUCAUGCGUGCAAUUAGCAUCUCCAAGACAACAGAAGAAAAACUUGUUUGUACAUUGGACGACUCGAACACCAAUCCGAACUCCAGAGAUAAAAUUCGGCAUCUUGUAGUAAGCAGCAGAUGUAGUAGAGACAAGAACAAUGCAUUGGUAAGAAUGAUGGACUUAUCCCGCAUCAGAUCACUGACAGUGUUUGGAGAAUGGCGAAAACACCUGGUCUCAAGUAAGAUGAGGUUACUCCGAGUAUUGGAUUUAGAGGACACAACAGGUCUAAGGGACAAGGAUCUUAUACCAAUUGGGAAGCUUCGUCAUCUCAAGUUCCUGUCUCUACGAGGAUCCCAAGGAAUCUUUCAUCUUCCAAGAUCAUUUAGUAAGCUACUGAACCUUGAGACACUGGAUAUCAGAGGUACUUUAGUGACCACACUUCCAGGAGCAAUUGUGAAGCUUCAAAAGCUAAGCUACCUUCGUGCUGGCUACAUACCAAGUGAUGAGGGUGAUCAGUCAAUAAAUUUUGCGGAAUUUCGUGUAACCAUAUUGGAACUCUUAUCACAACUCUGCGGAAGCUACAGAACCAAGAGAUCUGUUGAUAAAGAGCAGAUGGGAGUUUUAAACAACUUUGGUCCCACCAUAGGCUUCAUAAGAAGUGUUUUAUUGAAAGGUCUGGAUCCGCAUGGAGUAAAAGUCCCAAAAAGGAUCGGAAAAAUGAAGAUCCUGCACACACUGGGUGUUGUUAAUGUUGCAAGGGGGAAGACUGUAAUCAAAGAGCUCAAGACACUUACAAAAUUGCGUAAGUUAGGCGUGACAGGUAUCAACAAAAAAAAUGGUGAGGAUUUCUGUUCUGCUGUCCAGGCUCUCAGCCACUUGGAAUCAUUGUCAGUGCGCUCAGAGGGCAAGACUGGUUUAGAGGGUUGUUUGGAUAACUUAUCCUCACCCCCAAAAAAUCUCCAGAGUGUGAAACUUUAUGGCCAUAUUGCCAAAUUACCGACAUGGAUAAACCCUGAGAAACUGAGGAAUCUAUCCAAGUUGAGUUUGUGGAGCACCCAUCUGGAACAAGAUGGUGCAUUGCGAGACCUUGCAAAGUUACCGAAGUUAGCCAUCCUUUGCCUGUGGAGGGAUUCAUUUAAAAAAUGCAAAGGCGCCACAGGAGAAGAAGACCCUCUGAGUUUGAAAUUUGGUCCAGGUACUUUCCCGCAACUCAACAGGCUGCAGAUCACUGACUUAGAUCAACUUCAGUGGGUAGUAUUUGAAAACACAGCAAUGGCGGAGCUUGAAAUACUACAGGUUGAUAAGUGCGCUCGCUUAGACGAAGGUGGGUUUUCUGGAACAGAGUUUCUCCCUAAGCUCAAGGAAGUUCGGGUCAGGGGUAAGUACAAGGACGCAUUCAAGAAAACACUGCAAGAGCAAGUUACCAAAACUACUUUAAUAACAACUAGGAAGUAA